AUGAGUGGAACCACCCCGGUCUCCAUAAUCUACGACCCUGUAUACGGAUACUCCAACAGAAAUCCGUACCACCCCAGAUUCGUGUUAAACAAAAGAACAUCUUCAAAAGAAAACAUGACAGUCAGUGACGACAAAUUAAUAGAAAUGGCUAAAGGUGUGAUGAAACACGCCUAUUGCCCAUAUAGCAAAUUUCCGGUUGGAGCUGCAAUUUUAACAGCUGAUAAUACUGUAAUAGUUGGAGCAAACUGUGAGAACGCCUCCUACGGAGGAACGAUCUGCGCCGAACGUAAUGCGAUUACCACCGCACUUUCUCGAGGAUACCGAAAGUUCAAAGCGAUCGCUGUCGUUACACGACUUGAAGAACCAGCUAGUCCCUGUGGGAUGUGUCGCCAAUUUCUAAUCGAAUUCGGUGAAUGCAGGGUUCUUAUGGGAUCCUCACGUGGCGGUGAAGUUACAGAGACGACCGUAUCGGAGUUGCUACCGAACGCCUUCACCCCAGCAGCGCUUGAAAAAAACCGAGAUGAUGAAGAAAAAGAGACUUCCGAAUAA